AAUGGAACAGAAGGUGAAUAACGUCAUUUCCACCAUAGGAAGAAGAGAGACCCCAUGCCAGUUUCCGCUCUGAACCUUUCCCUUCAAAUCUGUUUUACUCACUGAACCUCUUUCUCCGAUCGAUAGAAGAAAGAAGCAGAAAGAGCCACAAUAAUUGAAAAUUUAUUCAGCUUUUUACACCAUGUUCUCGUGAUUGAUUCUCUCUUUCUCCUUGUCUACGAUCCAGGUAGUUCGUCAUCUGUGAACAAAAACCCUAAUUUUCAUCUCACGGAGGAUCUCCUGUUAGAUUAGAACAAAGCUCCUCUUAAUUCUGGUCUAUCUGGAUUCUGUCGGAGCUUAAUUUCGUGUCUUUUUCACAUGUAUCAUACAAUCAUUUCUCCUGUAUCUUGUUAGUUGUAAGCUCGGAUUCCGAUUUGUUUAACUAACGGGCUGCAACAUGUACAUACAUCUACAUCCUGUCCAUGAAUUUUAUUGAUUGAUUCUCUCUCUCUUGUCUUCGAUCCAGGUAGUUCGUCAUCUGAGAACAAAAACCCUAGUUACCAUGUCAUGGAGGAUCUCCUGCUAGAUUAGAACGAAGCUCCUUUUAAUUCUGGUCUAUUUGGUUCUAGUUGGAGCUUAAUUUCGUGUCUUUUACAAGUACUAUAUAAUCAUUUUUCCCAUAUCUUGCAAUUUGCAAGUAUGGAUUCUGCUUUGUUUAACGGGCUGUAACCUGUACAUACAUCUACGUCCCUUUCGCGAAUUUUACUGAAGGAGGACUUUGUUAGUUGCUGGGCACUCCACAUUUUUCAUCGACGAAUGGAGUUUUGACGGUUCCGAAUUUUGGGCUGUGAUGGGCUUGGUUGCAUGAGUGGGAUCAGUAUUGCUUUUAUAUAGGUUCUAGACUAGAUUUGGUAAUUUGGAUGUAUGAGGGUUUUAGUGAGGGUGAUGGAUACGCCGGGGUUGGCCUUCUGCACGCACUAAAUGAUUUAGUUUUAUCUAUGCCCUUUACUGCGUUGCGUGUUGGGAGAAGCGGAGCAUUCGUUACAUUUGGUCCUUAGUCCCUUGUGGACUUAGGUGUUUUGGCUGCUGAUUUUUUUUUUCCUGGAGCUGAAUUUAUAGGAUGAGCUUGUGUAGCCGGACCACAUAAGUGAUUGCAUUUCUUUUUGUGGUUGAUACCUGGCAUUAUUCAUCAACUUUAGUUAGCAAAAUUCUUCGUCAAGCAUAUAAAAUGAGCUUAGAAAGCGAAGAAAAAAGCUUCUGCGAUCAAUCAACUCAUCAUGAAUUACCGAAGAAGUUGAAAUUCUCAUAUACAAGCGAAUUCUUGUUGUCGUUAAGUAAACUGGAUAUUUGCAAAGAGUUGCCCAGUGGAUUUGACCCAUCAAUUCUAAGUGAAUUCGAAGAUGCUUCCCAGGAACGACAGAGAGAAACUGGAGGUUUAUCAAAUCAUAAUUUUAGGCGUCAUGAAUAUGGUUCAUCCCCUCCCACUAGAGGAGACAUGAAUAGCUAUUCACGGGGAGUUCAUGGAAGAUGGGAAUCUCGUUCUUCUGGACGGUCUGAUAGAGAUAGUGACUCUCAAUCCGAAUGGGACUCAGAUUCUGGAAGAUGUUUUGGCAACCAAUCUCGUAGGUCUUGGCAAGGUCCUGAACAUGAUGGACUUCUGGGUAGUGGUACUUUUUCAAGACCACCUGGAUUUGCACCUGGGCUGUCUGGUUCAAAGUUUCGAGCUAAUGACCACUCCCAACUAAACCGCUCUAAUGAGCCAUAUCAUCCUCCUCGCCCUUAUAAGGCACCUCACUCACGAAGGGACAGUGACGCAUAUAAUGAUGAAACUUUUGGUUCUUCGGAGUAUACCAGUGAGGACAGGGUAGAAGAGGAGAGAAAGAGAAGAGCUUCUUUUGAAUUAAUGAGAAAGGAACAACAGAAAGCUUUCCAUGAAAACCAGAAGCUGAACCCGGACAAGAAUAAAGAUGAGUUUGACUUUACUUCAUUGCUAAAUGAUAACGAGAAAAGACUAAUUAGUAGAAGCAAUGAGUCAGUGGAACCUCCUGUGGCUCUGUCAGCUUCAAGCAAUGAUUUUGAGAAGUCUUCUUUCCUUGUGCACACCCCUUCAGCAAGACCGCUUGUACCUCCUGGCUUCAAGAGCACAGUUUUGGAAAGAAAUUUUGCGUCAAAAACAUCAGCAAACACUCACACAACAGAGGUUGGACAACCGGAAGUUGGGGAUGCCAAAGGUAAUAAAGUAUUCAGUGUCAAUUCUGAUAAUGCUGAGGAUAACUCUUCGACCAAGCAAUUAGAUAUGGAUCAGCAACAUCUUGGAAGUUCAAGUCUAAAUGUUUCACUCAACGAGAAAGAAAAGAUUCUAAAUUCAUCAUCAGCUGUGGAUGCUCCAGACAUAAAGAUGGGAAUGCUUAUCAAUAGGAAGAAGUCCGUUCUUUCUGAAGCCUUAGAAGCAUCAGAUGACAGGGAAGUUAUUCAACUUAACACUGGAGUAAAAGGGACACAGACCAUUGGGACUUCAAAUCAGAAUGAUUCAAAUUCUGUCCUUGACAAGCUAUUUGGCAAUGUUUUAACAUUAAAUAAUAGCGACUUAACAAAUGCUGAGCAGCCUGAUCACAAAGUAGAUGAAACAUGGAGUCCUCAUGCGUCGCAGUCUUCCAGGUUUGCACAUUGGUUUAUGGAAGAAGAAAAGAAGCAUGUGGAGGACUCUACGCAUAGGCCAAAUGACUUGCUUUCGCUGAUUGUUGGGGGUGAAAAAGGUGCAUCACGGGUUCCUUUCCUAAACGCAGAACCUGCAAGUGGUAGUGUAGCCUGUACUACUAUUGAACUAAUGGAGCAACCAUACAAGAGUGAUAAACCUGAGACUGUUCCAGCAGUUCUAACAUGUGAAGAUCUGGAAAAUUCUAUACUGUCACAAGUUAGUGAAAGCGUUUCAUCACUUCAGCAGUCCAUGCAGGAAAAGGAUUUUGAUGCAAAGAUUAAGCAGUCAAAUUCAGAUAUUAAUGAUCAUGCGUCCCAGCAGCUCCUUUCUUUGUUACAAAAAGGAACCUGCUCUGAAGACAUGAAACCAAAUUCUACUCCAGAUAUGGAUUCUGCAGAGAAAGAUCAAAGUGUUGAAGGAGCCACCAUGAGUCAUUCACCUAGUAAUUUAGGGGACGCCAAUGCAGAUGCUUCCAAUUCUUCAAAGAGUUUGACUCUGGAAACUCUUUUUGGAACAGCUUUUAUGAAGGAGUUGCAGUCAGUUGGAGCACCGUUGUCCAUUCAGAGUUCUUUAGUUGGAUCUUCUGGGUCUGAUGUUUCAGAACCUUUUCAAUUUCCUUUCCCAGUCUCAGACAAUGGUCUCACUCUUUCUAAAGGUGAAGUUGCAUUGAGCAGGCAUGGAAGUGGUGUCCUGCCAUCAGAAAAAUUUCAUCAACUCAAACCUAAUAGAUUUGAAGAGCAGUUGUCAGGGUAUGCUGAUUUUCAGGGAGAUGGUAAUUCAUCACAACUUCAAAGUGAACUUUCCAAUUCUGGUGGUUUUAGUGGGCCAACUGAUUUCUGCCUUCCAGAAGAAGAUAAUUUGAUGGCAGUUGGUGAUUCUCUUCAAAAUAUUUUAUCUGCUGGUAAUUCAGCAAAAAAUGAGUUGUCCCAUGACAUACCAGUUGACAUUGCCGGAAAACUUGCAGCUCUGGGCCCUGCAUUUAGAGAUCAACAUCCUGUUGUCGGAAGUCAAGGUCUCGCAUAUAGUCAUUAUGAUACAAGGGAAUCAGGUAUUCCCCAUCAGAAUCUUAACGUCCAUAGAUCUCCACAGCCUCAUCCCUCUCAGUUAAAUCAAAUGGGUCCAAUGUUCAACCAAUUGGAUCCUCAACUUCCUCAUAUGAACUCUCAUAUGAAGAUGAUGGCUCCAGAGCACAUGGUUCAUCACGAUGCUCCUCCUAACCAUCAGGUUCCAAGAAACAUGCUUCGUCCUCCUUUUCAACCCAGUAGUGGGCUAACUGGGUUCAACCCUGCUGCUCAUCCUUCCAUGUUACAGCAGAUGCUUAUGCCAGGGAGUCUUCCUCCACCUAACCUGUUACGAGGGUUCCCAUUGGGUGUCUCGCCACCAGCUCAUCCCAACAAUCCAUUGCCUGGUUUCAUGCAGGAGCCGCACCCUAUGCAGGGCUUCCCAUUUAGUGGUCACCAGCAACAUUUCGGUGGACCUGGAAUGUCAAUGACAGCUCCUGACGGUGGUGGAAGAAACCAGCCGGCGGCACUCCAGCGACUUUUUGAGAUGGAAAUGAGGCCGAAUUCGAAGCCACUGGUGCAUCACCCGUUUUCUGGUGGACAGAGCCAGGGAAUGUAUGGCCAAGAGCUGGACUUGGGUUUUGGGUAUAGAUAGUGUUUUGUCAUCUUUGAUGUAUAUCCCUUGCAUUGUAUUCAUUUUACUUUUAUGCGGAUGUGCAACUCUUGCCAUAUGUUUUUAUGGUUUCCUUUUUUUUUUUUUAACCAAAAAUUAGGUGGGCUUUACUGAAUUGAUCGAUCUUUUCUUAGCAAUGAAUAAAAUCCCCCCCCUCCCUUUGAACUA